AUGUGUCAUUUGCUCGGAGAGGUUGUACAACAUCUAAUUUGGGGAAUCAUUUCUGAGAAAUUAUAUGCAACAUUAGAGGGGAUUUUGAAAAUUUUAAAACUCUUGGAGGCCAAAGCGACUCAUAGCUCCCUUAGGGAGAAACGUGUGCAACACGAGCGGAGCCAUUUGAGUGGGUGGGCUAUGGAGCUUGCCGUCACCAAGAAGUUUGCUCCACCUCCGUUUGAUCGCCUUCGCUUUGUACGCAAUGAUCACCGUUGCUUCACUUUCAAGAUCGAUUGCCCUCUUGUCUUUUAUCACCACAGUACACGGGUGUUUGUGGGUGAGCAAAAGCUACACACAAGAGCACAAUUUAAUCGGAUGAACAGAGGGGAUUCAGAAGUUGAUGGUGAUGAGAUUGAUAGAGGAAGUUUUCUGGGGCGCCCAAUUUGUGAUUUAUGUGGAGAGCAAAAACAUAUGACAAAAGAUGAAAGGAGUGCAUUUGAGUCAGAGAAUGAAACCUCUCGUGAGGUCAAAUUGAAGAGGAGGCCAGAGCUUAUUGCCGAUGUCCCAGUGCUAAGGAAACAGUAUUGUUUGCAGCCAGCAGAUGUUCAAUUUUUCCUAGUUUAA